CGACGGCCCACAAGGGCCACGGUUCGGGACAAGGCCAAGCGACACUUAGAGCUAAUGGAACGAUCCCUCCCCAGGCUAGCCCGAAAACGCCAGAAAAUGACCGAGUUGGCCUACGACCGACAGGUCCGAAGCUACGAGGCCUGGAACGGGAACGCAGGUCCACGAUCUCAGUACAAAUUGGGGGACAUCGUGCAGUGGAGACUUUUGCGCGAGCACUUCGUUGAGCUUUCGGUGUGCCUGGUCGGGGUACGAAUUACGUGGACAAGGGACGAAGACCAUCGCGAGUGGAGCGAGUACUUGGAGUGGCUGAUUAUCCAGGCCUGGAGAAUGGACGUGGAGGGCGAUCCUCUCGGAUUCCUGUUCGGAUCGGUGCGGCCCAGUCAUCGCCAACCAAUCGUCCUCGAGCUUACGGUCCCACUCGCGCAGUUAGCCGACGAUCUUCCCCUGGAGAUCGUCUCGCAAAGUGACGAGAGCCCGGUCCCGCACGUUCUCAAGCGGACCUUAGCGUUGUAUCUUCAGUGGUCAGCGUGCCUGGAGGAGCCGGGAAACGACCGCAAUCCGCCAUCUCAGCGGGAUUAUCUGAGCCCGUGGGAGAUCAUCGAUCCCGCCUACUUCCGGGAUCGAACGGCCAUCGAAGACAAGGCGAUAGCAGCAGAGGAAGAAGAAGAAGAGGAGGAGGACGACGAGAAAGAAACUCCCGAAGAAGGGAGUUACAGCGAACACAGCGAAGGGGAGCAAAGUGAGGAGGAGGAAGAAGAAGAACAAGACGACGAAGAGGAAGAGCUAGAGUCGGAGGAGUCAGAGUGGGAGAUCGCGGCGGAAGAAGGAGAGCAAGCCGGCGCACAAGCGGAAGGCCCCGAGGCGGCACGCAAGAGAGAAGAGAUCGCGGUCGCAAAACGACAGCUGGAAUUCGCCAGUGAAGCCAAUCAGCAGCUCACCGACGAUCCGGCCCGAGAUCCAGAGCCGCCCAAGCCCGAGGAUGGGGACCCAGCUGCCGAGACUUCGGCCGCACCGGCAAGGCGGCGACGAACGAGAUGGUUGAGUGGGUUAGUGCAACUCCAGGGGUACGGUCAUGACUUCCGCUCUUGGGCAGCCUCUCAAAAAUUGGAGGACUUCCUGAAAAUGGUGGAAGACGGGUGGCAUGAUCUGCAGGAGGCUCAAAAGGCCACUGAUGCGAUCCUGACACUGCACACGCGACAGUUUAAGUCAGUAAGGGAUGCCACCGACGCUGUAGAGCGUUUGAUUUGUGUUCCAGGGGUACGCUAUGACCCCCAGAUCAACGGUGAAAAGUGCGAGUUUGGCCGCACCCGUAUCUUGUACUUGGGUCAUGAAAUCUCCGCGGAAGGGUUGAAGCCCGAUGAUGCGAAGGUAGCCAGCAUUCGUGAUUGGCCACGUCCUCAGUUUGUGACUAAGAUGAGAUCUUUCUUAGGAAUGACAGGCUACUAUAGGACUUUCGUUAAGAACUACAGCAUAAUGGCCGCUCCUUUGACUGAUCUGACCCGCCUUGACACCCCUUGGGAGUGGACAGAUAAGUGCGGGGCUGCUUUCAGACAUCUGAAGCAUGCAUUGACGCACUAUGAAGUCUUGAAACUUCCUGAUCCUGACAAGCCGUUUAUGGUCACAACGGAUGCCAACCAAUAUGGCAUUGGCGCCGUGCUUGCGCAACAGAAUGGGCCAAAGUUGAGGCCAGUAGAGUACAUGUCCAAGAAAAUGCCGUCUCAGAAGUUGGCUAAGUCCACUUAUGAGAAGGAACUCUAUGCGGUGUACAAGGCUCUCACCCAUUGGAGACACUACCUCCUUGGGCGGUUCUUCAUCCUCCGGACUGAUCAUCAGACCCUGAGAUGGAUGAGAACACAGCCGGUACUCUCUGACGCUCUUAAGCGUUGGAUCGAAGUCAUUGAGCAAUAUGACUUUGACCCUCAGUAUCUCAAAGGGGAGUACAACAAGGUUGCUGAUGCCUUGUCGCGCAGACCGGACUUCUCAGGUGCGCUGAUUAUUGAGUUCGAUCUGACGGACAACGUUACUCAGUCUUUGGUGGAAGCCUAUCGUCAGGACCAGUUUAUGUCUGAGAUCAUACGCAGACUUGAGGUGAAGGAUAAAAAGACCUCCGCCGAGUUUGAGUUGGUCAAUGGAUUGCUGUUCCUAGAGAAGGCAGGGAAUAAACACUUGUCUCAUCUUGCGUUGAUUCCAUUGGGUUCACUGAUCCUCACAAUGCUGGUCUGUGUCUUGACUGCCAGUUCGCUUUCUUGGCUAGUGGCUAAAUGGAUCAUUGCUGGGGCGAAGGACUGCCGUGGACGCAAACUUCGUCUGGCCCCCGGGCCUGCUCCAUGGCCGAUUGUAGGCAACCUGCUUCAACUGCAAAGGCAUCCCCAUAGAGUCCUGGCCAAGAUGGCAGAGCAGUAUGGAGAGUUGAUGACCAUUCACAUGGGCACGGCCCUUACGCUGGUGGUGUCCAGCCCGGCGGCCGCAAAAGAGGUCCUGCUCACUCAGGGAACCACUUUUGCCUCACGACCGCUGCCGCCAACGGCCGAUGCAUGGUCACAUGGUGGCCGAAGCCUCGGCCUUGCACCAUACGGGCCUCUGUGGCGGAAGCAAACGAAGAUUGCCAGUGUGCAGUUCUUCUCCCCAAGGAGGAUGGCGCAGGUGGAUGCAAUCCGACGGAAGCUCACCAAUUUCCUAGAGGAGGAGCUGUUGAGGAAAGGCCAAGGAGGAGCACAGAAGCAGGAAGGAAGUCUUAGAAAUGUCGGAACAAAGGAGGCGGCCCAGGAGGGGAAUGGUCUAUCACCUGCCGCGGCCCCCCUGCUGACAGAAACAACCUCCUCCUCUUUGCCCAAUCCGGCCACCGCCGUGCAUGUCGGUGCAACAACCAACGUCGAGACGAGCCACAAAGACAGGCAGGUAGCAGCAGGCGGAAUCUGCCAUCCUGCUGGGAAUGAGUGGGGUCCCAGUGGAGCAGCAGGCACCAUGCAUGGGCUGCAGCCAGUCCACUUGCGAGAAAACCUGUUCCACUUCGCUCUGGACACGUUGACCUAUGUCAUAUUCGGCUCUCCUGUGUCGCCUGCCAUGCAGCAUCACAUGGCAAAAGCCAUUGCUACCAGCGGCAGUUCGACGUCAACGAUGACGAUGCCGAUGAGAGCGCAGGAGCCUGAGGAUGGUCUUGAAGAUGAUGCAACUAGGAGAAUCAUGAGCAAAGAAGCGUCGCUUCACACUAUGGAGGGAGGCAAAUCAGGCAAUGAUGUCAAGGAUGACCAAAUGGCAAAAGGUUUUUAUGAUGUGGUGCUGUCAAUGAUGCAGAUGGUGGGGAUGGUACAGAUACCGGACUUUGUCCCGAGUUUGUGUUGCACAACGCUCGAUCACCACCGAGCAGCACUGAGAGAAGCUGGACUCAUUAAUCCGGAUGCAAUGGUGGACACGGUCUUCAAUAACCUGUCUCCUUCGGGAAUGAGCACGCCCAAGAACUUGGUGGCUUCUACAAUGAAGGACAACGAUGUGGUGUACGGCGAGACGGAGACCUGCCUGCUGUUAAUGGGCCUCGUGGCAGCUGGCACGGACACGACGACCUCUACGACUGUUUUUGCUCUGAUGGAGUUGCUGCGCCACCCAGAGAAGUUGGCGCUGCUGAAGGCAGAGCUAGAUGAGGCCAUAGGAAUGCACAAGGUUCCAUCGGAGAAUGAUCUGGAGAAUCUUCCUUACCUCAAUGCCUUUCUGUAUGAGACGCUGCGUAUGCACAGCGUCUCUCCCAUGCUCCUUCCCCAUCAAGCUAUGAAAGACGCCGUAGUGUUUGGAUAUGAUGUGCCGGCAGGCACCACGGUCCUUGUCAAUGUCUGGGCUAUUAUGCACGACCCUAAGGUGUGGUCGGAGCCAUGGGAGUUCCGCCCUGAGCGGUUCAUCCGAGACGGACUGCUGGCUGACGACAUGCAUCCUGAUGGAAAGAACUUUGAGUUCUUCCCAUUUGGAUCGGGACGAAGAAUUUGCCCCGGAAUUCGGCUCGCACUGACCACUGUGCGAUUUGUUGUGUCCAGGUUGCUGCAGCGAUUUGAUGUUAUGUUGCCACAUGACAUUAAGCCAGAAGACCUGGACCUUACUGAGCAGGAUGGACUCGUUAUCUUCCCGGAAAACCCUGUGCCGGUCAUCUUUCGUCCGAGAUCAAUGGGGUAAUAGGGUAGGGUCUGUCUCUUAUACACAUCUAGAUGUGUAUAAGACAUUAAGCCAGAAGACC